AUGUCGACCCAGCAAACUGAAAAGGAACACCUCCCCGAGGUCUACCAUGCCAUGCUCUCUGAUGAGCAGCGAACGGCUUUGGCUGAGUCAAGGAAACGGAUGCGUCAGGCUUCCUCAGCGUCGAGUACCUCUACCUCUUCGGAUUUUCUGGCCACCAAGAUAGACGCGCUUGAAUCAGAAGUUGAAUAUAUUGACUGCAAAGCUGCCAUCCAUGAUCUCUCGCGUCGUAGACGCCUGUCACCCCUUGUGGCGUUAGAUACCAUCAAAGAUCUGGCACUCGCAUCUACGCCACUAAACAGAGAAAUCCGUGUCAUUUAA